AUGCUGACCCAAGAUGUGGUAAAGAAGGCCUGGCAGAACGCACCAAGCAAGACGGAACAGUCCGGAUACCCACACCAUUACAAUGACCAGAAGGUCAUAGAAAAGCUUGAUCCUGUUUGUCACGGAAAGACUGUUUUCGAAGCUUCAGUAUACGCAGAUGGCAAAUUAUAUCCCUUCGCAGUCAAGCCAAAGCAGAAUCCCGGUGCUUUCCGUGUCAUCUACACUGACGACAAAGACAAGCACUACUGCGGGAUUAUUUCUCAUGAUGGUGUGGAGGAAGUCAAGGGGACCAGGAAGAAGGAGGGUACACCUGCCAAUCCCAAUGCGGGAGAUUUCCAUGCCUGCACGGCUGAGGGCCCGAAGAGGAAGAGUUGA